AUGAGCCGCCGUCAAUGUAACAAGCCCUGUCCAGAGGAGCGUCACAAGAUCUGGAAAGAAGGCUUCCGGCAAAAUGCCAUUGAUCGAUCCAAAAUGGCGCGGCAGGAUCUUGUUCAUCGUCGUAGAGAGGAUCAGGCAAGCGGAACUACAAAGUGGGAGGAUUUUAAAAAUAGUCACCAGGAUGCUCUUAAACGAGUAGGCAUGCGGGACUAUGCAGAAAUCGAAGAUGAAAAUGAACCACACUAUCAAGGGCAGAAGGAAAAAGAACGGAAGGAAGAAGAACAACAGCAAGAGAAGACAAAGCCAGAUGUAUCUGAAAUCUGUGCUGACCGCCCUGAUAGCACAACUUGUAUUCGCUGCCAUUGUUCAGUACUUCGGUAUAGUCAAGGCUAUUCGACCCCUACCCUCGAAUGCCCAUCUUGUGGAUUUUGUGCGACCCUUCAAAUGAUACAAUCCAUUCAAGAGCACAAUACCCUUUGCAUUGGCUCAAUUAUCUACACAUAUCAACCCACUAGUAGUGGGGUUAUCGGACUGUGUAGUCUGUGUGGUACAUGUGCAUCAUUUUAA